CUAGCUAGUGGAAGGAAAACACUGACAGUCCCACAUUCGCGUAGCGAUGCGCAUCAGUAUUAGGACGGCCACGUAGCUUCCCCUCGAGUGUUCAGAGUUGCUGGAAUCUAAAGGGUGGAGAAUGAAGCGGCGCAAUGCGGACUGCAGCAAACUCCGUCGCCCGUUGAAACGGAACCGAAUCACCGAGGGUAUUCACAGCAGUACCUUCCUGUACCUGAAGUUCCUGGUCGUUUGGGCGCUGGUUCUGCUGGCUGAUUUUGUGCUGGAGUUCAGGUUCGAGUACCUGUGGCCUUUCUGGCUUUUCAUCAGGAGCGUUUACGAUUCCUUUAGAUAUCAGGGACUGGCAUUCUCUGUGUUCUUUGUGUGUGUCGCAUUCACAUCAGACAUCAUCUGCCUCCUGUUCAUCCCCAAGCAAUGGCUGUUCUUCGCCGCCAGCACGUAUGUCUGGGUACAGUACGUGUGGCAUACAGAACGAGGUGUGUGUCUGCCGACUGUCUCUCUCUGGAUUCUCUUCGUCUACAUCGAAGCAGCCAUCCGCUUCAAGGAUUCGAAACAUUUUCACGUAGACCUUUGCCGUCCAUUCGCAGCUCACUGCAUUGGCUAUCCCGUGGUGACGCUGGGCUUCGGAUUCAAGAGUUAUGUGAGCUAUAAGAUGCGUCUGCGCAAACAAAAGGAGGUGCAGAAGGAAAAUGAGUUCUACAUGCAGCUCCUACAGCAGGCCCUGCCUCCAGAACAACAGAUGCUUCAGAGACAGGAACGAGAGACAGAGGAGGCCACCUCAAAAGGCAUGUCUGAAGCAGACUCUGUGUUAGUGGCUCAGAACGGCACUGCUAUUACCAAGAAGCUGCCCGUCUCUCUGCCUGAACUGGAAUACAAGGAGAAGGGCAAAGACGGGGGGAAAGACAAAAAACAGCAGCAGCACAGCAUUGGAAUAAACAACAACAUCCUACAGACUGUGGAUGCUAAACUACAGGAUAUUGAGUAUAUGGAGAACCACCUAAACACUAAGAGACUCAACAACGAGCUCAGCGGAAGCGCCGAGAACCUUUUCCUGAAAGAGGAGGUCGGUGGUGGUGGUGGAGGAGGAAGCUCUGCCACCUCCAAACAUUACAAAAACUCCUCCCCCCAUAGCCACAACUCCACCAAUGGCAGCGUACCAUCCUCCUCGUCCAGUAGGAGUGAAAAGAAACAGAAGUGUGCAGGGAAGAACCUUGCACCUCACAGAGAUCUGAUGGAGAACUGUAUACCUAACAACCACCUCAGUAAGCCAGAUGCAUUAGUGCGGCUUGAGCAGGACAUAAAGAAGCUGAAGGCUGACCUGCAGGCGAGCAGACAGGUGGAGCAAGACCUGCGCAGUCAGAUCAGCUCUCUGAGCAGUGCCGAGAGGAGCAUGCGCUCUGAGCUCGGCCAACUCCGCCAGGAAAACGAGUUGCUGCAGAACAAGCUUCAUAAUGCUGUGCAGGCCAAGCAGAAGGACAAGCAAACGAUUGUGCAACUGGAGAAGCGACUUAAGGCAGAACAGGAAGCGCGAGCCGCGGUGGAAAAGCAGCUUGCAGAAGAGAAGAAAAGAAAGAAGAUGGAAGAGGCCACAGCCGCACGUGCUGUCGCUCUGGCAGCUGCCUCCAGAGGAGAGUGCACAGAUUCACUGAGGAGUCGCAUACGUGAGCUGGAGUCAGAGUGCAAGAAGCUCACACAUGACAUGAAGCUGAAGGAGGAACAAAUCCGAGAGCUCGAGCUCAAAGCGCAAGAACUGCGCAAAUAUAAGGAGAACGAAAAGGACACCGAGGUUCUGAUGUCAGCGCUGUCGGCCAUGCAGGACAAGACCCAGCACCUAGAGAACAGUCUGAGUGCUGAGACCAGAAUCAAACUGGAUCUCUUUUCAGCACUCGGAGAUGCCAAGAGACAGCUAGAGAUUGCUCAAGGUCAGAUUUUGCAGAAGGAGCAGGAGAUAAAAGAAUUGAAGCAGAAGAUCGCAGAGGUCAUGGCGGUCAUGCCCAGCAUCACCUACUCGGCAGAGACCAACAGCAUGACCCCUGUGACCCCACAUUACUCCUCCAAGUUCAUGGACACCAGUCCUUCCAGCUUGGACCCCAAUGCCUCCGUCUACCAGCCGCUCAAGAAGUGAAUGUCCAAUCACAUCGUCCACUUUGCUCUUUGAUUAGUCUAAGUUCAGUAUGCAAACCAAUGGGAUGGGGUCGUAUUUUUGUUUGAUUUACCCCUCCUCUGUUAGUAUGGCUCUUCUUUGUUGUUGAUAAAAUAAGUGGAGAAAAUUAGAAAAAGGGAUGUCACAUUGACCAGAACUGCCCUCCUUGUGUUUAAGGUUAUUUUUGAAGCUCUUACACCUAAAAUCUUUUCUUGGUAAUGGCACUUCAGCCUGUUGUGGUUCUUUUGUCGUCCUCCAUCUGUUUUGUGAGGUCUUUAUGAAGACCUUUCAUGAUUUUAUUAGCGCCUCCUCAUCUUUGUGUUGAAUCUGAACAGUUUUAUGUGCCAGCGACUUCUUUUACUUCCCUGGUAUAAACGUACCAUCUUUAAGUUUAUCGAAUGUAAAAAGAAAAGGGAAAACGUAUUGAAAUGAGCCCGAAGUAUUUGUGAUGGAAAAACAAUGUGUUUGUUGCAAUGGAGUGAUUUACGAAUGCAUUUCAGUUUAAGUAUGACCACAGUAUUGUGCAUCUUUUUUCUUUUCUUUUUUUCGAGGGAGGUAAAAAGCAUUUCAUUACAGAUGUUGGAUCUGAGUUGGCAAUAUUUUAGGUGUCUGUUCCUCGCGUUGCUGUUUUCUAAAAGGUCGAAGACACGAAAAAAACGACGUAUUUAAAAAGGGACUGAUCGUCACGUUGUAUUUGUAGACAAAAAUGCUGCAUAAAUAUCCGGGAAUGUUGUCGUAUUUUGCGGUCAAUGCAAGUCCUUUUUGUUACCGGACAAAAUUGAAAUAGAAUUUAGUUGAAACCAGUUGAAAAGCUGAACAUAUGAUGUCUUGUUUGCCAGUUGUUAUGUUACACAGUGCCUUGAAAUAUCUUGUUUAAUAUAAUACAUGCCGUAUUCACCCACCCCUAGAAUCCAUCUGAUUGAGCCGUUUUUUUCUCUCGUUUUUUUCUCCCCCCAGUGUUGCGUUUAAAAUCAUCUGCCCUCUUGUUGCCAUGUGCCACACAGUAACAACAAGCCCACUCUAAUCCACUAGUUAUCAAUGGUCUGCUGUUUCUGUCAUGUCUCUAAUUUACAUUAACAUACUCAUUGCAUUUUAUAAUACUUCCUGAAUGGUUUUAUUUUGGUCAAAUGUGCCAACUUUUCCUCCCUUCCUCCAUUUAAUGUCAUUGAGGAUAAUGCAAACCAUGCAUCUUUUCAUAGAGACAUCAUUCAGUGACUGGGAUAACACCUGCAAAUCAGUCCAUUAAUGCUUCAUGACAGAGUUCUCCUUCACAUUUCUUCUUCAGUGGUUUAAGGUUUGUGUCAUGUUGCAGGCAGAAUAUGCUUGUUUGGUUUAGUCCUUGUUUUACAACAGGGCUUUCUUUUUUAUUUGUCAACCUUGGGAAAGUAUUACUGUGGAUUGCAUUUGGUGUUUUUAUGGUAAACUUUGUGGAGAGUAAAGAACAC